AUGGACCAGCAGCAUCUACACAUUUUGUUUUCUCGUUCUCUUGGAGAUAUUAAAAUAGCUGAGGUGAACGUCAAGGGAUUAUUUGUGAGACUUGUUAACUCAUCCACUGAAAAAGAAAUGGAGAUUGGAGAUCUCAUUCUCCAGCAGAAUGUGGAAAGACGUCCAGUUUCGUUGUACCAUUUCCUCCCCAACAUCACAAUGCAGGCCAAGUCCAUGGUGAUGGUGUGGGCUUCAGCCUCAGAUGUGAAGCCACAGCUACCAACAGACUUCGUUUGGGAAGAGCAAAGCAGAUUCUGGUGGAGUCCAGACUGGACAAGCAUCCUAUGCAAACCGAACAGCAAGCCUAUCACCUGGUAUAUUCCAAUUCACUAACAAGCUUGGGAGAAGUUAGAGGCUGACGUUGAAUUCGAGAGAUGUUCAGUCACCGUCCCAUCACUACGAAGCCAUAUGUUUUGGUGGACAACAUCUGUGACUUCCAUAAGUAGAGAAGGACAAGGUCUGCCAAAGAAA